UUGAUCAGACAGCAGAAGGAGGCACUCAGAGGGCAGGAGCCUUACGUGAUAAAGACCACAACACCAGAGAAGAAGACCACGGUUAGAAGUCUAGGAGGGGGCGUCAGCAGCUCUGACCCAGGCUGCCUUCUUGAGGAGAUGCAGCUACUCCUGCUCUUGGUGACCUUUCUUCUGGCCUCCGAGGCUGACGCAGGGAAAAUAAUCGGGGGCCACGAAGCCAAGCCUCAUUCUCGUCCCUUCAUGGCAUAUCUCCAGACCCAGAAUCCAGAUAAAACCUGGAAAACCUGCGGGGGUUUCCUUGUACGUGAGGACUUUGUGUUAACGGCAGCUCACUGCAGGGGAAGCUCCAUCACCGUCAUCCUGGGGGCCCACAACAUCAAGAAGCAGGAGACGACCCAGCAGAGCAUCUCCGUGGGAAAAAUCAUCCCUCACCAAGACUAUAAUUCUGAAACCUUUCUCAAUGACAUCAUGUUACUGCAGCUGAAAAGGAAGGCCAACCUGACCACGUAUGUGAGCCCACUCAGGCUGCCCAAGAGGAGGAUGUGGGUGAGGCCAGGGAUGGUGUGCAGUGUGGCCGGCUGGGGGAGACUCAGCGCGAACAGCCUCUCUGGGGCAGAGAAACUGCAUGAGGUAGAGCUGGAAAUCCAGAAGGACAAGCAAUGCAUCUCCCUCUUCAAACACCGAUAUAACAGCACCACCCAGAUGUGUGUGGGGAACCCAAGAAAGAGGAAGUCUUCUUUUAAGGGAGACUCCGGAGGCCCCUUUGUGUGCAACAACGUGGCCCAGGGCAUUGUCUCCUUUGGGAAAAAAGAUGGGAGACCUCCACGUGUCUACACCAGGAUCUCGAGCUUUAUGCAUUGGAUAGAAAAAACAAUGAGACCCUUCAGCCUGCAGGGACCAGACUGAGAUGUCCCCAGGAUCAAUCCGUCCACUUUCUCUGGGACAGAGGCCAGAACUGCAUUGGGCAAAGGGGGUGGAGAGGAGGCUUCCAGGGACUUAAUAAACUUCUGUCUCUAGUGGAAA